AUGGGUCAAGACGACACUCAAAUGCGUGAUGGGAUUCAUCCCCAACAAUCACAGCCUGAACUCGAGAUGGAACAUUAUAAGGCUAAAGAGGAUAUCGCACACGUCGAGCGGGUGCUAUCCCCAACUGAUGACUUGAAAAAGGAAGAUAUGGACUUUUCUCGAGUGGAUAAAGAGAUUCAGAUGUAUGUCUCUCGGGGACAGGUGGAUAUCGACGAGGCCACCAACAAGAGGUUGAAACGAAUGAUUGAUCGACGGGUUUUGGUAAUCAUGAUCUGCACGUACUUCCUGCAAGCCCUUGAUAAAGGAACUAUGUCUUUCGCGUCAAUUAUGGGUAUCAAAACUGAUGCAGGUUUGGAAGAUGGACAGAAGUACUCGUGGCUCACUACUUGUAUCUAUAUUGCCGUUCUUACAGUCGAAUAUCCAACCAACUGGAUCAUCCAGCGCGUGCCUAUUGCCAAAUAUUUGGGUAUCAACAUUUGCCUUUGGGGCACGACCCUGGCGAUGCAUGCAGCCUGCCACAACUUUACCGGGCUGGUGACCGUUCGGACCCUUCUGGGUAUUUUUGAGGCAUGUUGUCAACCUACAUUCGUUCUUCUUUCGUCCAUGUGGUAUAAGAGGGAGGAACAGGCAGCCACCGUCACCUACUGGUACAUGAUGAAUGGUGCUCAGCAGGUUGUUGGAGGACUUCUGGCAUAUUGCUUCACACUUAUCGGUGGUGACAAGGUUCUCAAAUCAUGGCAGGCGCUGUUCCUAUCAUAUGGAUGUUUAUCUGUGCUAUGGGGUUUGUUUGUUAUUUGGUAUAUGCCAGACUCUCCGAUGCGAGCCAAAUGUUUCAGCGAAGAGGACAAACACUUGAUGGUCGAGCGAUUGCGUUCCAAUCAGACGGGUAUUCAAAAUAAGGAAUUCCGCUCCUAUCAGGUAUGGGAGGCGCUUCGAGAUCCCCAAACUUGGUGCUACUGCUGCAUCCAGAUAUUCACCACCCUUCCGACUAGUGGGCUAGGUGCAUUUGCCGGGAUUAUUAUGACAGGAUUUCACUUUACAACCUUGCAGAGUCAACUGCUGGCUAUGGUUCUGGGAUUUUAUAUAAUCGUUAUCUUGCUGACCUCUGCGUGGCUUGUGAAGAAGUACCAGCAGAAUCUUUUGGUGAUGUUGGGUUUUGUCAUUCCAUCAUAUAUUGGAACUAUUGUCUUGAUGACAGUUCCAAAUACCACAUUGGCUACAAAGGUAGGCCUUCUAAUCAGCUACUACAUCACUCUAUCAUUCUGGUCUGCUCAGACCCUAUGUCUCUCCAUGGUAUCUCGCAACAUUGCAGGGCAGACCAAGAAAGCCACAGUUGUGGCUGCAACUUUUAUCUCAUGGGCUGCAGGAAAUGCGAUCGGCCCCCAAGUAUUUCUUGAUUGGGAUGCGCCACGUUAUCACAUUGCUUGGAGCGUACACCUUGCAUGCUAUGCCUGUAUGACCGCUGCUGUGAUCUUCCUCCGAUUUUAUUUAAUUCGACAGAACAAGAAGAAGGAUGAAAUGCUUGCUGCUGCAGGAGUAACAACUGCAGAUCCAAACCUGAUUCAUGCCUUUGAGGACAAGACGGACCAGGAAAACCUCAACUUUCGUUACGUUUAUUAA